ACGACUUGGAUGGUUUUCAGCCACUCACCAUACAGGUGCGCUCGGACAUUGGCGUUUUAACUGUUUGAAGCAAACAGUGCGUAUUUAAUUUAUCUUCGAAAUGUGUUAAGUAAGACUUAAUGGCGACCUCUCAUGUCUUCACGUAAGACUAACUGGGACACGAAGGCGCUCAAACACGACGGAGCAACAAACUGGCGAAUCAGACCAACGGCACUGAAGAAGCGACGGAUUUGUUUUCUGCGUUCAUGAAGACAGUUUUUUUUCUUGCGUCGAGGGAUUAACACUUGUGAAGAUUCGGGUUCGUUGGAAUAUUGUUCUGUUUAUUUUUUCUCCCUUUUUAGUGAUUUUGGACCAGUAAAAUGUAGCCUCUGCCUGCCAGAUGUGAGGGACCACAUCUGCAACCUACAGCAAACACCCCCGUCUGUCUACCUGUUCCUCAGGAAGCAGAAAAAACGCUGCUGCAGCUCCUCAACAUCUGCCAGCUCACAUCCGAGAGGCUUCAAGGAUUAGGCAGCCAGCUUCAUGACAGACCUUAGAGACCAUGACUGCUUGCUUGAAAGCAGAUCACUAAAGUCUCUCAUUUAACUGUCCCCCCCCCCCCCCACCAGUGGCGCUGAUAAUUAUGAUGAUGAUCAGGAUCCUGGGUGACAUUUGACAGACAGGUGGUUUUCGGUUAGGCCUGCAAAGGGACGAUGGCCCGCCUGGGACCAGGCUUGCUGCUGCCUGUUAAUGGUCUGGGCUACCCUCCUCAAAACCUGGCCAGAGUAGUGGUCUGGGAAUGGCUGAAUGAACAUGGCCGCUGGAGGCCCUACGGUGCGGCGGUUUGCCACCACAUCGAGAACAUCCUGAAGGGGGAUGCCCGCGGAACUGUGGUUCUGGGCCAGGUGGAUGGUCAGCUCUCCCCUUACAUCGUUGAUUUGCAGUCCAUGCAUCAGUUUCGUCAGGAUACAGGCACCAUGAGACCAGUUCAGAGGAACUUCUAUGAACCGUCGUCUGCUCCAGGGAAAGGCGUCAUAUGGGAGUGGGAGAACGACAAUGGUUCUUGGACACCAUAUGACAUGGAGAUCUGUGUGACCAUCCAGAACGCCUAUGAAAAGCAGCACCCCUGGUUGGAUCUGACCUCUCUAGGCUUCUCCUACCUCAUUGACUUUAACAGCAUGUCUCAAACAAACAAGCAGAGCCAGCGCAAAAGGCGCCUCCGCAGGCGCAUGGAUCUCGCUUACCCGCUUAUCAUGGGUUCCAUUCCCAAAUCACAGUCCUGGCCUGUAGGAACCAGCUCUGGCCAGCCGUGCUCCUGCCAGCAAUGCAUCCUGGUAAACAGUACAAGAGCUGCGUCAAAUGCAAUCCUUGCCUCUCAGCGACGGAAGCUCUACGGUGGGGCAGCAGGCAAUACCGGCGCGACAGGAACCCUGACCGCAGUGCGACAGAGUAACACCUUUGCUGGAACGUCCCUCUGGUCUCCAAACUCUUCUGGAACCAAUGAUAUCAGUGCAGGAGGUGGACAAACCAAAGGUGAACAGUUGCAGGUACCACUGUCCCCGGCCAACUUCCCGUGUUCCCCUGUGAUGUCAUCCCAUGGUCACGCCAACACCCUCACCAUCAAUGGACAAAACAACCUGAACCGACCGGGCACCCAGCGCAUCUCUAUGACCACUCCCAGAGGAACCAUCCCACCAGGGGUUCCUGCUCUUCCAGUCAAGAACCUGACUGGAUCUGGACCAGUGCACCCAGCACUAGCAGGUAUGACCGGUAUCCUGAUGUGCGCUGUAGGUCUGCCUGUUUGCCUGACUCGAGCACCAAAGCCCAUUCUGCACCCACCGACCAUCAGCAAGAGCGAUAUGAAGCCUGUGCCGGGGAUCAAUGGCAUGCGACGCAAGACAAAGAAAAAGCAUCUGAGGAGAGGGAAAACCCCAGAGGAUGUGGUCAGAAGAUACACUGAGAAAAUUAAAGUGGUGCCAGACGAGGACUGUACCAUCUGCAUGGAGAGGCUGGUCACGGCAUCAGGCUAUGAAGGCGUCCUACAGCACAAAGGCAUCAAGCCAGAGCUGGUGGGCAAACUUGGCAAGUGCGGCCAUAUGUACCAUCUGCUGUGCCUGGUGGCCAUGUACAACAAUGGCAAUAAGGAUGGCAGUCUUCAGUGCCCGACAUGCAAGACCAUCUAUGGUGAGAAAACAGGCACUCAGCCUCCUGGGAAGAUGGAGUACCACGUCAUCCCCCACUGCCUGCCUGGUUACCCAGACUCCAAGACUAUCCGAAUCGUCUAUGACAUUCCUGCUGGUGUCCAGACCAAUGAGCACCCCAACCCUGGGAAGAAGUUCAGCGCAAGAGGUUUUCCCCGACAGUGUUACCUGCCAGACAACGAAAAGGGCAGGAAGGUCCUCAAGCUGCUGAUCACGGCCUGGGACCGACGCCUCAUCUUCACCAUCGGGACGUCCAGCACCACAGGAGAAACUGACACCGUGGUGUGGAACGAGAUCCACCACAAGACUGAAUUUGGCUCCAACCUGACAGGCCACGGCUACCCGGACCCCAACUACCUGGACAACGUCCUGACAGAGCUGUCAGCCCAGGGAGUUGGCGAGGCAAACCUGAAGGACUGAAAAGGUUCCUAAGCAGCUGAUUUUUUCAGGAACACAAGCUACAGUAUCAUGGUAAACGCUACACUUUAUGACACCUCGUCGAAGUGGCGGCACACAAUUACAUCGCUCAACCUUUUUUGUUGUCAUUAUCUUUAGCGUCACGUCUGGAGCACGCUGCGGCACAUGCUCAGUGUAUGUCUUGAUGCCAGCAAACGUGCCAUCGGUCGCUUUAAGAGUCUUAAAGUGCGACGUGGUGGCGUAGUGAGCCCCGACUUUAAUGGCGCCAGCAAAAUUACAUAAUGAAUGUUGAGUGAAUUGCUGCAAUAAGAUGAGGUGCCAAUGAAAGCUUUUCUCACUUGAAACUCUUUUUUUUUUUUUUCCCUCAAAAAUCUUAUAUUCUAACACAUGGUGAGAAUUUUCUGUACAUUUUUGAUGGAGAGGUGUUGGGCUUUUGUUUUUAGGAAUAAACCAGAGUAAAGGA